UGUUUGGGACUGGGUAUAGGGCGGGAGAACGUUUUUGCUCCACAUUCCACAACCACAGCCUAACUCUAUGCUCCGUAAGACUAGUCAUGGAGCUUUAUCUUCUUCUACUUCCAAUCUCUUCAUGUUAUCCAUACCCUUACUUUUCUCUUCUCCUCUUUCUUCUAGGCCCAGCUCAAUGCCCAGCUCAAUCUCCAGACCUCCCAAACACCUAAUCACUACCCCAAAAGUAAAACUACAACCCACCUCCAAAACACCCGUUUCACUCACGGCACCAUAUCCUCUUGUUCCAGACACUGUAUCUCUUUCUACUGUUAAUUCAAUUUGUUCUUUGCUCGCUAACCAUAGAGAGAAAACUAUAAGCAUUGAAGAUUUGUUGAAUACUUAUAAAGACAAGUUGAACUCAAAUGUUGUACUUCAAAUCUUGAUGCACUAUGGGCAGUUGGGUAGAAUCAAGACCUUGGAAUUCUUUACAUGGGCCGGAUUGCAAAUGGGUUUUCAGUUUGAUGACUGUGUGAUUGAGUACAUGGCUGAUUUCUUAGGUAGAAGGAAACUGUUUGAUGAUAUGAAGUGUCUUCUGCUGACAGUGGUUUCUCAUAGAGGUCGAGUUUCUUGCCGGACUUUUUCAAUUUGUAUUAGGUAUUUGGGUAGACAAGGGAGGAUUAGUGAAGCCCUUUGCUUAUUCAAAGAAAUGGGAUCAAAAUUUAGGUGCAACCCUGAUAAUAUUGUAUACAAUAAUAUGCUUUAUGUGCUUUGUAAGAAGAAUUCAUCUGAACAUCUAAUUGAUGUUGCAGUUACAAUGUUUAGGAGAAUUAAAUUUCCUGAUACAUAUUCGUAUAGUAAUGUUGUGGUUGGUUUAUGUAAAUUUGAUAGACUUGAGACUGCCCUUGAAGUUUUUGGUGAAAUGGGUAGAACUGGUUUGGUUCCUACUCGAUCUGCAGUGAAUGUUCUAAUUGGUAAGUUGUGUUCGUUGAGUGCAAAAGAAGGAGCAGUAGAGAAGGUUAGAUUGGUUAAUAAUCGUAGGCCUUACACAAUCCUAGUUCCAAAUGUAGAUGUAAGGAGUGGAGCUAUACAGCCUGCAGUUAAGGUGUUUUGGGCAGUUCACAGUUUGGGUUUGUUACCUAGCUCGUUUGUCACAGUCGAGCUCCUUUCAGAGCUCUGUCGAUUGGGCAAAAUGGACCAGGCUCUUCAGAUAUUGAAAGUUGUUGAGGACAUGAAGCUGAGUUGUUUGGAUGUAAGUUACUCUAUUGUAAUGAAUGCUAUGUGUAAUCAUCGUUGUGUGGAGGAAGCUAGCCAUUUAUUUGGGAGGAUGCUCUCUUCCGGAAAGAAGCCGAAGCUGUCAGUUUAUAAUUCUAUUAUUUGCAUGCUAUGCAAGAUAGGACGUUUGGAUGAUGCUGAAAGGGUCUAUAAAAUUAUGAACAAAAACAGAUGUCUACCCAAUAAUAUAACCUAUUCUGCAUUGAUUCAUGCCUAUGUUGAGGCUGAGAAUUGGGAAGCUGCUUAUAACUUGUUGAUGGAAAUGUUUGGUCUGGGCUGGUCUCCACAUUUUCAUACAUAUGAUAUGGUAUCUAAACUUUUGUCACAAGCUGGGAAGAUGGACAUGUGUUAUAAAUUAGAUAUGAAGUUGGAAAGCCAAGCUUUGCAGAAACUCUGUAAAAUAGGUCGGUUAGAGGAUGCUUAUGAGAAGCUUAAGUUCAUGCUUGAUAAAGGUCUUUGCCCACCGGGGUAUGUGAGGGAAGCUUUUGAACAAGCCUUUAGAAAACAUGACAAGCUGAACAUAGCUCAGGAGUUGCUAGACAGAGUUGACCAAAUACAAAAAUAUGAUGAAAAGAAAUUAGAAAUGUUUAGUUAAUACAUUUCUUAUUGUUUAUAACAGUGGCUCAUGAUUCCUCAUCUCUUAUUGGUUCCUUUUAA